UGUAGGUAUCGUAGCUAACCUUCAUGACUUCUCUCGCAAUUAUCACAUUGGAAAUCCGCUGGAUCUUGUCAUCUCGCUCUAUUCCCCCUGUCCUGACCUCUCAUGUUCGGUUCCCUCUUCCUUUUCGUCGUAUACACCACGGUCAUUUCCAACUUCCACCACGACACCGGCUGCCAUGUCGACCUCCAAUGGUCCACUAAUUUAAACCAUAUCUACCCUGGAGCACGUGAACUGCUCGACACCAUCAGUGCUCGACAUCGGUCUCUUUCAACGACGCUCCCGACACAGCGACUCUUGAUCCAUCAUGUUCAGAAAAACUCAAACAUGGUCAACGUAUUGCAUCAUGAACCUCGAAAUCACGCCUUUGCCGCUUUGACGCCCAACCUUUUUCUUGGACGGCUGGUGCGGCACACAUGUGUGUUAUGGCAUGCCUGCCACCGAUAAGAUCCAAGGCAAGCGGGCUUCCAUCGCAAAGGCAGGCCCCGGAUACAUGUAAUGGAACUCUCUUUAUCUUUCAGCUUCAGUUGUCUCUAUCCGCUCCGAUAUUGCACCAAAAAAAAUCCGCGACAAGCGCGACACCAGGCAAUGGUUGGUUGUUCAUGGUGCGUGCGUGCACUCGUGUCAGUUACACAGAAGGAGGGUUGCCCGACACCUGGCUUUGGCUGGUCACUUCAAAACAUGGCAGCUCAAACUUAUCUACACCACUUACUAUUUUUUUUCUUCUCCAGCCUCUUAGAGCGGUGCACCAUUACAGGUCACAUGGGACUCGAAUGUCUUUUUUUUUUUUUUUUU